AUGAACAUGAAGCAAAAGAGCAACAACAACAACAACAACAACAACCCAGAUACUGGUUUCUUUGGAAGCAUCUCUUCCACUUCCAUCAAAAAGCUUCUUCCUCUUUCUUCCUUCCGCAAACCCAAUUCUUCAAACCCUAAAUCUAAUCUUGAAAACAUUCCUCCAGUCCACUCAAACAUACCCAUCACACAUCAUCAAACUCAACCAAACCCUAAAAUCCAAUUUUCUCAUAACAACCCACAUGUCAAGGUUGUGGUGAGAAUUAGACCUGAUGUAAAAGAGGGGGAUUGUAUAGCUAACAAGGUUUCUUCUGAUGCCUUGUGUGUUGGGGAUAGACUUCUCAAAUUUGAUGAAGUUUUUGAUGCUAACUCUAAUCAGGAAGAUAUUUUUCAGUCGGUGGGUGUUCCUUUGGUUCGAAAUGCUUUAGCUGGUUACAACACUUCGGUUUUGUCAUAUGGCCAGUCUGGAAGCGGAAAGACUUAUACAUUGUGGGGUCCACCGAGCUCCAUGGCUGAGGAUCCCUCGUGUCGUAGCCCUCAGGGAAUUGUUCCUCGGAUCUUCCAAAUGUUAUUUUCUGAGCUUGAAAGAGAGAGACUUGUGUCUGACCAGAAACAAUUCAGCUAUAAAUGCCGUUGUUCUUUUCUUGAGAUAUACGACGAUCAAAUUGGGAAUUUACUCAAUCCAAACCAGAAGAACCUUGAGAUGAAAGAUGACUCCAAAAAUGGACUAUAUUUUGAGAAUCUGAUUGAGGAAUAUGUCACAUGCUAUGAUGAUGUGGUUCAAAUUCUGAUCAAGGGCUUGUCAAGCAGAAAAAUCGGAGCAACAAGCAUAAAUUCUAAUAGCUCGAGAUCACAUAUCAUUUUUACUUUUGUAAUUGAGUCUUUGUGUAAGGGGAUCGCAAAGGGUUUCAGUAGUUUAAAAGCUAGCCGAAUCAGCCUUAUUGAUCUUGCUGGACUGGAUAGGGAUAGAGUUGACAGUGGAAGCAGCCAAUAUCAAUGGGAAAACGUAUAUGUAGAGAAAUCAUUAUCUCAGCUUGGGCAUUUUGUGGAUGCUCUUACUGACAAAUCUCAGCCAGGAGAAAAUGAAGACAUUCCACGCAGUAACACUUGUUUAACUCGGUUGCUACAAGAAUCACUUGGUGGAAAUGCCAAACUCUCAGUAAUAUGUUCAAUCUCCCUUGAUAGCAAGAGCAUUGAUGAAACACUCUGCACACUCAGAUUUGGGGCGCAAGUAAGAUCCCUUAGAAACAAGCCGAUUAUUAAUAUAAUAAAGGAGGCCGAUGAUUUGAGUGGUAAAAUCCGGCUCUUGAAGGAAGAACUUAUUAGAGCAAAGGCCGAUGAUGUCCAUAGCUCAGCUGUGAGUAAAAAUAAUGGAUGCUUCCAAGGACAGAAUGCACGAGAAAGUCUUAAUCAGUUGAGAGUCAGCUUAAACCGUUCUCUACUCCUGUCCAACUUAGAUAGUAAUACUGAUGAAGCUGCAAAUAUCAACGAGGAUGACAUAAGGCAAUUACACCAGCAAAUUGAUGAAUUAGACAGUUCAUGUGAAUGGAAUACAAAAGACUUGUCUAUUGCCGAAGAUGGUGUUCAGUUUUAUUCUUUUGAUGAAUAUUAUGAUGCAGACACAGCCAUAGGCGAUAAAAAUUCUGUUGGCAAUAACAUUUCAGCCAUUUCAUUCAGCAAAUCUCCAAUACUUGAAGAACCACCACUGUCCGAGUCUCCGAAAUUCAGCAACACCAAAAGGAAAAGUGUAGCUAUAUCGUCGAGUUAUCUAGGAAGUAGGAAUACUGUUGAAGAGAGUUCAGCAUUUGGGGAUGAUGUUUUAGGAAAGUCAUUGAAACAGGGUGAGCAUAAGAAAGCCUCGUCGCAGUCGAACAAAGCUGAUUUCUUGGCAGAAAGCCUCCAGAGGGGAUUGCAGAUAAUUGACUAUCACCAACAGAACUCGACAUUGAACAAAUCUUCAAGUUCCUUCUCCUUUGACCACUUAACUUUGACACCAUGUCCAGAGAUUGAUAAGGUUCAACCUUAUGAUCAAACAAUACGACAGAAAGUUUCCAAUGAUGAAGUUACUUCCACAUUCCUUUGUGCGUCUUGUAGUACAGAUUUGACAGAUAAAGUUCCAAUUCCAAAAAAUUUGGAAAAUGUAAUAGCAAAAGGCAACAUGAGAGAGAAGGAGCUUGAGAAUGUUUGUAAGGAGCAAGCAGCUAGAAUUGAACAACUAAAUCAAUUGGUGGAUAAGUUGAAAGGAGAGAAAAAUCUGAAUUCCACUUCUAUGCCUGGUCAGUGUGACGAGUAUAAUUCCAUGAAGGAUGAAAACAAGCUUCUAUGGGGCACUUCCUCAAAUGGUCAUUCACUGUAUAGUAGUAUAGAGGAGAAAUGCGAAACUAAAGUCCAAGAAGAGUUAGCCCAGAGAGACAUCUUUUUUGAUUCAACUGAGAAGGAAUCACUUCUUCAAGAAAUUCAGAGUCUAAGAAGAAAGCUGCAAUUAUGCAACAACGCGCCAGUCAAAAUGUCUACAGACAAACUUAGAUCUUCUUUAAUGUCAAGAUCCAUCCAACUACAAAAAAGUGGCGUAUUUUCUCAAGAUAAUAGGAACGAGGAGCUGGAAAACGAAAGACAGAGAUGGACAGAAAUGGAAAGUGAUUGGAUUUGUCUUACUGAUGAACUUAGAGCUGAUCUUGAGUCGUAUCGCCAGCAUGCAGAGAAAUUGGAAUCUGAACUGAAUUUGGAGAAGAAAGGAAGAGAAGAGAUGGACGAUGCACUAAAAAGAGCUGUUAACGGGCAUGGUAGAAUGGUAGAACACUAUACCGAUCUACAAGAAAAAUAUGAUGACUUGGCUUCUAAGCAUGAUGCUAUGAAGGAAGGGAUAUCCGAAUUGAAGAAGGCAGUGGCAAAAGCCUCGAAAAAAGGUCAAGCACGAUUUGCCAAAUCUCUUUCUGCCGAGCUUUCUGCAUUGAGGAUGGAGAGGGAAAGGGAGUCGAAGUUAUUGAAAAAGGAGAACCAGUGUUUGAAAAUUCAACUUCGUGACACUGCCGAAGCUGUUCAGGCUGCUGGGGAACUACUCGUUAGACUAAGAGAAGCUGAACAAGCAGCAUAUGUUGCCGAGGAAAAUUUUGCAAAUGUGCGACGAGAUAACGAAGAGUUAAAAAGGGAAGUGGAGAAGCUGAAUAGAAAACAUAAGACAGAGAUUAAUACCAUUAAGCAGUAUAUUACAGAGAGCAAAUUGCCAGAGUCUGCAUUGAAGCCACUGUAUCAAGAGAAUUCUGAUACAAUACACAAUAAUACAACUUCUUCCUAUGCUUAUGAUGAUCAAGCAUGGAAAUCGGAGUUCGGAGCAAUAUAUCGGGAGCAUUACUAA